UAAAGAGCUACAAGCCUCUGAAGAAGCGCUACUAACGCAAGCCAUUCAAAAUCUUUCUGAAAAAAGCAGGAAAAAGGUUUAUGAAGUCGGAAAAAAGUUACUUGCAAUACAAAAAGAAUCGCGUGAUCCCGCGUGCUUGCCAAUGCUUCAUUUAAGCGAAGUAACCAGGACAACAACUCCCGUGCAUUACACGUGGGCAUCCUCAAAUAAAAACUUUGUGAAGCUGGCGGUUUUUGACCAACCUACCAAUGGACUUUUUUAUUUUAAAAUACUGUUUAACGCUGACCAACUGCCGACCUCUUUGAAACCCUAUUUGUUCCUUUUUACUUAUUUUCUUCCACGAUUGGGUGCUGGCGGUCGGAGCAACGAGGAAACCGAAAGAUGCUUAAAACUGUGGACGGGCGGCUUAACCUCGAGAGUUGUGCUUAGUCAAAACGGAUUUGCUAUAAAUAACUUUAAAACUGGCGUUUUACUUGAAAGUUAUUGUCUUCCAGAGAAUAUAGAAAACUUAUUUUCAUUAAUAAAAGACUUUUUAAACACGCCAAACUUUGACGAUAAACAAAAUAUAGAAACUCUUUUGGACUCUCUUUUAGCUGAUUUGACCAAUGAUAUCAUUGAAAAUGGCCAUAAUAUGGCCUCCAUUCGCUCUUCUGCGCAUAUUAGUGACUUUCAUGCUUACAAAGAAGUGCUUCUGGGACUCAGCCAAGUGCGGUUUAUUAUUAAUAUUCACGAGAAUAUUGAACAAAUAAUAGAAUCAAUGAAAAGCAUUGUGAAGUACGUUUUUACUAAAAAGAACGUUAAAGCGGCUGUGCAUUCAGAUCUUUUGCAGGAAACUUCUACUAAUAUUCCGAAUAUCCUCGAACUUUUGGAUUCUUCUAUGCUAAAUCUUCCACAAGUCUCCCCACGUGAGGCAGGAAGCACAUGUGACCAAAAGUUUGUGUUUACCUCUAAACCCUGUUACCUUCCUUUGGAAGGCGCCACGAGUUUCAACGCGCUUUCUUUUCGAGGCUUUCCUUUAAAUGAUUCUCGUUUUCCUUCUCUUCAAGUUUUAUCAAAAAUUAUAAACCGAAAGUUUCUUCAUCGGGAACUUCGCGAAAUGAGCGGCGCAUACGGGACUGGUUGUACUGCUCAGAAUGGAGCACUUUCCUUUUAUUCUUAUCGUGAUCCAAACAUCGAAAGGACUUUUUCUACUUUUGAAAAAAGUUUUGAGUGGCUUUCUUGUAUGGAAAUCGAUACUAAAAUGCUUAAUGAAGCAAAACUUUCUAUCCUUCAAAGCCUUGACGCCCCCGUAUCUUCCAGCCAUAAAGGAAUGGACCUUUUUCUUCAUGACGAUACUUAUGAGCAAAAGCAAAUGCGGAGAAACUUAUUGUUUGAUGUUUCUGCUUCAGAUAUAAAAAAUGUGGCUGACGAAAUUAUUUGUUCUGGUUUGCUAAAAGAAGCAGGAAAAGCUUCGAUAUGCCCUCCAGAAGCUCAAACUUUAGAAUUUUUAAAAAAUUGGGAUUCUUUUUCUUUUUGA